GCCUCCCAGAACGUCGUCUUCACCCAUCAAGCUCCAGAAUUCCCAUCCAGACCCAAGAAAAUGAAGAAUAUAUAGCUUUUGCGCUUUCUAUGAAGAUCACCAACAGCAUCUACAACCAAUCACUUGAAGACCACAACUCAGAUGAUUACGUGAAGCUCUCAGAUGACGUUAGAAACUUGUUCCAACAGAUCUUUGGCUGUUCGGGAUGCGCCACCUAUCAGAUUUACACAGGUGCUGCAGACAUAACCUUCAGCAAUGGAUCAGUGAUCACAGAUUCCACACUGGUGUUCAACACUAUGGUCGUGAUCAAUGGUGACAUUAUCAAGAAUAUAUUUUCUGAUGCAAUACUGACUGGUUCUGUAAAUACCAGUAUCAGUGUGGACCCUACAUAUACAAAUACUCCAGUUACGGUUCCUGUACCAGUGAUGACAACUACUCCACAGCCCACUACCACCUCCCGUCCUUCUACUACUACUACUGCUACUACUACACAGCCCACAAUCACCUGCUGUUUUACUACCAGUACUACUACUAUUACUACUACUCCUACACAGCCCACUACCACCUCCCGUCCUUCUACUACUACUACUCCACAGCCCGAUACCACCUUCCUUCCUUCUACUACUCCUACUCCCCCUACUACUACUACUACUCCUACACAGCCCACUACCACCUCCCGUCCUUCUACUACUACUACUACUACUCCACAGCCCGAUACCACCUUCCUUCCUUUUACUACUACUACUCCUACUACUCCUACUACUCCUAUAUAUACUUACUACUACUACUCCUUUACAGCCCACUACCACCUCCCGUCCUUCUACUACUACUACUACUACUCCUACAUAGCCCACUACCACCUCCCAUCCUUCUACUACUACUACUACUACUCCACAGCCCACUAG